UCAUCAAAAAUAUCUUAAUUUGUGUUCUAAAGAUGAACGAAUGUCUUAAUGGUGUAGAACGACAUGAGGGUGAACAAAGCUAACAGACAUAUAAUUAAAGGUUAUUCAUUGUAUCAUAUUGUUUCAGAUCAGAUUGUAUCAUAACAGCAUAUUUCCUUUCAACAUUUAUGCACCAUUUAUUCAGAUGUUUCACUUUAUUUAUCACUACUUGCACUAGUUGCAUGGAUCAGCAAAAAGUUUGGUUAAAUCAGAUUACAUUAAAAAUCUGCAAAUCAACUGUAAAUAGUUGUUUAUCAUUUUACUUCAUUAUUUUGUAUGAAGUUACCACUAUGGUGAUCAGUUUUUCCAUUUGACUUCUUUUAUAGUUUUUAUUAAACUGAAGGAAACAGUGGUCAUAUGGAGGCGGGCUUUGUGUUUUGUGUUUUCAACUUCUUUAACCUUUAGACUACAAAACAUCUUUCUCCAAUCAUAACCCAUAAGCGUCAGAACAUGUGCUUCUGUACAGCUAUAUAAUCGUCAUCAUACUCUGAUUUGAACAGAAGCUCUGAGAAGAAGGUAAGUCUUUGAUUAUUUCUGUUAAAAAAAGCAUAUUUGGCUAAUAAUUUAUAAAUGAAUGAUAGAAUGAAAUGAAUAAUGUAAAUAAAUAGCUAUAUAAACAAUUAUUUUAAGCUAUAUUUAGCAUAUGCAAAAAAUAUCCUAUUUCUGAAUGUGCUUUUUUCAGCUGUUGCAGAUCUGAUUUAAUGAGAGAACUUUCAAAUUAAACUCGACCAAUGUUUGCUUUUGAUUAGCUGAAAUUCAGUUGCAAUACAUAAUUCAUGAGGUUAAGCAAGUUGUCCUAUUUUGUUGUAAUCUAUUUCUUGCAAGCAUGUUUGACAGCAUCCCGGGAUAUGAGGGAAUUGCGGUCGGCGGAGGUGGUGCGUAUCUUCCACCUCCAAUGCCCUCUGUGCCGAUGCCUGUGCCUGAGCAACCCUCCAGCCAUCCAGAAUGGCACAGCAACAUUCCUUCCAUCUCAGAAGGAAGAGCGCGUGCAGCUUUUGAAGAUUACGUCUCCAGCAAGUGCUGCUAUAGUUCUGCUCCCGUCAGAGAUGGAGUUAUAACCAACAUGGAGUCCUUUAACACAUACAGGUAUCGUUUGGAGACAUUCACAGAGUACAGAUCUACUAAAUUGUGUCAGGAGCCUUACACAGGGCAGCGUGUCGAUGCCGGGAUUCAGCGUGCUCCUGGACUGUGGGAGAUUGCAGCUCAACCUCCGUCCUACUUUACUGAGCACAAGGAGAAUAUUAGAGUGCCCUACACUUCCUCAAUUAAGAAAUGUGACCCCUGCGGUGGAUUGGGAAAAAAACCCUGUUCUUCUUGCACUGGAACCGGAAGCAAAGUGUGCUCUGAGUGUAACGGUUCUCGUCAACGUCCUGAUAACGAGUCCUGCAAUAAAUGUGACUAUAGUGGACGUGAAAAAUGUAGUUCAUGUAGCGGCAGCGGCUUCCACAAGUGUGACACCUGUGAUGGAAAGGGACAGCUUCUCGUCUACAUCAACCUCAAAGUCAAAUGGAUCACUGAGAGGGAUGAUUUCGUAGGGCAAGAUUCGAGCGGUCUGAGAUCAGAAAACCUGGGGAAGGUUUCAGGGAAGGAGCUCUUCAGAGACGCCCAGAUUAACGUCUAUCCAGUGCUGGGUUUCCCUGAUGUUUCUGUUGCUCAAGCAUCUGAGCGUUUAAUAAGAGACCAUCAGGUGAAAUAUACCAAGAACUCCCGCAUAUUACAACAGAGGCAGAUAAUCGAGCUCAUUAACAUAACAAGGGUGAAGUACACUUGGAAAGAGAUGCCCUAUGUUUACUAUGUGUAUGGAAAUGAGAUGAAAGUGAACGCUGAUGACUAUCCCGCCACCUGCUGCUGUUCUGUCAUGUGACUCGACAUGUUCAUUCCAAACAUCAUAACCGCUGACUGUACAUCCAACAUUCAUCAUCUCAAACCUGACACAAAAAGAAAACCUGUACAAAAUGUCUAUUAUACACAAGGGCCUGGUUUCACAGACAUUUGAGUAGCUUUUAUAAACGUGCCUUAGAAAAAACAUUACUGGUGUUCAUCUUGAGACAAAACAAUGGCAUUGACUUUUUUAAAGAUAUGUCAGAGCAAGUUGCUUUCAGUUAAAACAGCUCAAACAUGCAUUUUAAUCUGGGACUAGGUUUAAGCUUUAUGAAACCGGGACAGAAGUUCAAAACUGUUGGUGGUUAUCUUGCAGAUAUUUGUAACAUUUUAAUAUGUCAUCUCACUAUUCAUAAAACAUUUUAAUGCUAGUUUGCUAUAAUUUUUCUGAGAAACAGUUCUGAAAUUUUGCCUGCAGCAAAUUGUAAAAAUUCAAAGUCUAAAUAAUGUGUGAGUUUUGAGAAUGGAACACACUGAUUGAGAAGGGAACAAAAAAAAAAAAAAAAAAAAAAAAAAAAAAAAAAAAAAAUAUAUAUAUAU